AUAAAAGAGGGGAUGCUGAUGAAACAGACCAGCUCCUUCCAGCGCUGGAAGAGACGAUAUUUUAAGCUGCGAGGACGAACGCUCUACUAUGCAAAAACCGCUAAGUCCAUUAUUUUUGAUGAGGUGGAUCUGACAGAUGCCAGUGUGGCAGAAUCCAGCACUAAGAAUGUCAACAACAGCUUCACGAUUAUCACUCCAUGUCGGAAGCUCAUCCUUUGUGCUGAUAACAGAAAAGAGAUGGAAGAUUGGAUUGCAGCACUGAAGACUGUACAAAACCGUGAACAUUUUGAGUCUACCCAGUACAGCAUGGACCAUUUCUCAGGGAUGCAUAACUGGUACGCCUGCUCGCAUGCUCGGCCAACGUACUGCAACGUGUGUCGGGAGGCAUUAUCUGGAGUCACAUCUCAUGGGCUCUCAUGUGAAGUGUGCAAGUUCAAAGCCCACAAGCGGUGUGCUGUGCGGGCAACCAAUAAUUGCAAGUGGACAACUCUGGCCUCUAUCGGGAAGGAUAUCAUUGAGGAUGAAGAUGGGAUCUCAAUGCCACAUCAGUGGUUGGAAGGAAACCUGCCCGUGAGUGCCAAAUGCACUGUGUGUGACAAAACCUGUGGCAGUGUCCUACGUUUGCAAGACUGGCGCUGCCUUUGGUGCAAAGCCAUGGUACACACAGCAUGUAAAGAGUUGUUGCCAAACAAGUGCCCUCUUGGGCUGUGCAAAGUAUCUGUCAUUCCUCCUACUGCUCUUAACAGCAUUGAUUCAGAUGGUUUCUGGAAAGCUACUUGUCCCCCUUCUUGCACAAGCCCUUUGUUAGUCUUUGUCAACUCAAAAAGUGGAGACAACCAAGGUGUAAAAUUUCUGCGAAGAUUCAAACAGCUACUGAAUCCAGCCCAGGUCUUUGACCUCAUGAAUGGAGGACCUCACCUUGGUUUACGCUUAUUCCAGAAAUUUGACACUUUCCGGAUUCUAGUUUGUGGUGGGGACGGAAGUGUUGGCUGGGUUCUCUCCGAAAUUGAUAGCCUCAAUCUUCACAAGCAGUGCCAGCUGGGAGUGCUGCCCUUGGGAACAGGGAAUGACCUUGCCCGUGUGUUAGGUUGGGGAUCUGCUUGUGAUGAUGAUACCCAGCUCCCACAGAUCCUGGAGAAGCUGGAGAGAGCCAGUACCAAAAUGCUGGACAGGUGGAGCAUCAUGGUGUAUGAAACCAAACUCCCUCGCCAGGCCUCCACUUCCACAGUCACUGAAGAUUUCAGUGAGGAUUCUGAGGUGCAGAAGAUUCUCUUCUAUGAAGACUCUGUGGCUGCUCAUUUGUCCAAAAUUUUGACUUCUGACCAACACUCAGUGGUCAUCUCCUCAGCCAAGGUGCUUUGUGAGACAGUGAAGGAUUUUGUGGCUCCAGUAGGGGAAGCCUAUGAGAAGGCAACGGAAAGCUCAGAGGAAUCAGAGGUCAUGGCCAGGAAGUGCUCUGUCCUGAAGGAGAAGCUGGACUCACUGCUGAAGACACUGAAUGAUGAAUCUCAAGCAUCUUCAUCUCUGCCAAACCCUCCUCCCACCAUUGCAGAGGAAACCGAAGAUGGUGAUGGGUCAGGCAGUGCUUGUGAUUCUUCUAGUGACCGGUCGGUGGGUUCGUCAUGUACUGCACGGCCCCAGAUAUUUCGUCCCCGAGAACAGCUCAUGUUGAGAGCCAACAGUUUGAAAAAAGCCAUUCGUCAGAUAAUAGAGCAUGCAGAAAAAGCUGUAGAUGAGCAGAACGCCCAGACCCAGGAGCAGGAGGGCUUCCUCCUUAGUCUGUCAGCCUCUGAAGAGGGCAAGGAGCUGAGGAACGAGGAUAAGAUCUCCCUGCAGUCAUCACACAGCAGCAGCUAUGGAGUGUCCAAAGGGAGGAGCCAGCGGAAAGUGUCCAAGUCUCCUUGCGAAAGACUAAUAAACAAAGGAAGUUUGUCGCUGGGCAGCUCUGCAUCUCUUCCUCCCCAGACAGGAAACCGGGACAACUUGCCAAUGCUGAACACAAAAAUCCUCUACCCAAAUAUCCGUGCUGGCAUGUCUGGUUCUUUGCCUGGGAGCUCCGUCAUCAGCCGAUUGUUGAUCCAUGCUGAUCCCUUUAACUCUGAGCCUGAAAAUCUUGAAUGUUACACAGAGAAGUGUGUCAUGAAUAAUUACUUUGGAAUUGGACUGGAUGCAAAGAUUUCUUUGGACUUCAACAACAAACGUGAUGAGCACCCAGAGAAAUGCAGAAGUCGUACUAAAAACAUGAUGUGGUAUGGAGUAUUGGGCACCAAGGAGCUGCUACACAGAACAUACAAAAACCUGGAGCAGAAAGUCUUGCUGGAGUGUGAUGGAAGGCCAAUCCCUUUGCCCAGUCUCCAAGGAAUCGCCGUACUCAACAUUCCCAGCUAUGCAGGAGGCACCAACUUCUGGGGAGGGACCAAGGAAGAUGAUACAUUUACAGCCCCCUCCUUUGAUGACAAGAUUUUGGAGGUGGUAGCAGUGUUUGGUAGCAUGCAGAUGGCAGUGUCACGAGUGAUAAACCUACAGCAUCACCGGAUUGCACAGUGUCGGACGGUGAAGAUAGCAAUCCUAGGAGAAGAGGGAGUUCCCGUGCAAGUGGAUGGAGAAGCCUGGAUCCAGCCUCCGGGUUACAUUUGGAUCGUUCAUAAGAACAGAGCACAAACCCUCACCCGAGACAGGGCAUUUGAGAGCACCCUGAAGUCCUGGGAGGACAAACAGAAGUGUGAGUUGUCCCGACCCUCUUCUUUCUCUCUGCAACCAGAGAUCAUGUCCGAAGAAGAAUCCACCCAGAUCAACCAGUUUGGUCAAGCUGCAGGUGCUCUGAUCCACAGCAUUCGGGAAAUAGCCCAAUCCUAUCAGGACAUGGAACAGGAGCUUGCCCAUGCUGUCAAUGCCAGCUCCAAGUCAAUGGACAAAGUCUACGCUAAAUCCAAGUCUACAGAGGGUCUCAACUGCAGCCUUGUUGUAGAGAUGGUGAAUAAUGUCAAAGCCCUGCAUAAUGAGACAGAGCUGCUGCUGGCGGGCAAGAUGGCGCUGCAAUUAGAUCCUCCACAGAAGGAGCAGCUCCAAGCAGCCCUAGCAGACAUGGACCUUCAGCUGAGGAAACUAGCAGACAUUCCUUGGCUGUGGCAGCUUAUGGAGCCCUGCGAUGAGGAGAACCAGAUGCUGGAUUAUUCUAAACGCAGUCGCAGUGGCAAAUUCCGUCUGGUGACCAAGUUUAAAAAGGAGAAGAACAACAAAAAUAAGGAGACUCAUAGUAGCAUGGGAUUGCCGGUUCACCUCUGGGGAACGGAGGAGGUUGCGGCCUGGCUUGAGCAUCUCAGUCUUUGUGAGUAUAAGGAUAUCUUCAUCCGGCAUGACGUCCGGGGCUCUGAGCUCCUGCACCUCGAACGGAGGGACCUCAAGGAUCUGGGUGUGACCAAAGUGGGUCACAUGAAGAGGAUACUGCACGGGAUCAAGGAGCUGAGCCGGAGUACUCCUGCCAGCGAGGUUUAGCCUCUAUUUUCACAGCCUGUGUCUACCAUUCCCCCUAACUGCACAGCAGUCACCUCACAGAGCAGAUGUGCUCACAACUGUCUCUGCUGAACAGCCAAAUUGUAGCUGUUCAGAGCUCAUAUCAACCAAGCAUGGUGCUACCUUUUUUCCUGUGGGGUACGGCUGUAUCCAGUCGAGAGGCACCUUAUCUGCGGUCAGGCAGAGCCUCCCGGAAGAAAACUCACUUGCUGUUUGAAGAACCGUGUCCUCCGACGUGGGAAGUUCUGGUUCCAGUGACAGUGCAGGACUCCUGAGAAUUGCAACACAGCUACCUUUACUGGAUAACUUCAUUGCAGUAGAAUUAUUCAGGGCAAAAGAUAUAUUGGCCAGUCUUAGUUCAGGAGCAUCUGAUGGUCUUUUCAGACCCAAGACUUUCCCACUCAUCUGUGUGUCACACCUGUAUCUUAGAGCAUUUAAGUGGGACA